UCGGUGACCAACGAAGAUGUUACACACGAGGAGCUUGGAGGAGCUAAAACUCACACAACUGUAUCAGGUGUUGCUCACAGAGCAUUUGACAAUGAUGUGGAUGCUUUGAUGAACCUGCGAGAAUUCUUUAACUACCUGCCUCUAAACAAUAAAGAUCAGGCUCCAAUACGAGAAUGUGAUGACCCAUGGGACCGAAUUGUACCAGGUCUAGACACAGUUGUCCCUCUGGAGUCUACGUCAGCUUACGACAUGCAUGAUGUCAUUACUGGUGUUAUAGACGAACAAGAAUUCUUUGAAAUUAUGCCAGCAUAUGCAAAGAACAUCAUUGUUGGGUUUGCUCGUAUGAAUGGACGCACAGUAGGCAUUGUGGGUAACCAGCCAAAAGUUGCAGCAGGUUGUCUGGAUAUCAAUGCCUCAGUGAAAGCAGCACGGUUCGUGAGGUUCUGCGAUGCUUUCAACAUCCCUCUGAUCACAUUCGUAGAUGUCCCUGGAUUCCUGCCAGGCACAGCCCAGGAAUAUGGAGGUAUCAUUCGGCAUGGAGCAAAAUUGCUGUAUGCUUUUGCCGAGGCCACAGUUCCAAAGAUUACCAUCAUCACUCGAAAGGCUUACGGAGGGGCAUAUGAUGUCAUGAGUUCUAAACAUCUGAAAGGGGACAUCAACUAUGCCUGGCCUACUGCUGAGGUUGCAGUCAUGGGAGCAAAGGGUGCUGUGUCCAUUAUCUUUCGUGGUAACAAAAAUCAGCGAGGCAUGGAGGCUGAAUACAUCGAGAAGUUUGCUAAUCCAUUCCCAGCAGCUGUCCGUGGAUUCGUUGAUGACAUCAUAGAGCCAAGAACAACACGCAUGCGGAUCAACCAGGACCUUGACAUGUUGUCCAGCAAGACUCGAACCAAUCCCUGGAAGAAACAUGCCAAUAUUCCACUUUAA